GAGCGUUGUUACCGAACUGGGAAGGUCGGUCUAACUGUAGCAGCUACUAAAGAGCUCUCGUAUUUGUCGGGUGGUACAGCCAGUGUGCUAGUACUAGUACAGCUCCUCUGCUCCGCUCCGUAGCCGCCUGCGUUGCGCUGGUGUGCGCUGCUGCUUACACAAUAACUGUGCAUCAUCGAUAAACUCGAAGAAGAAGCACACGGACAGUGGAAAAUCAGGAUACGAGAAGAAAAACGGAAUCUCUUAAGCUGAAUACGGCUUAACGAGAAGCAAAGAAAAAAAAAACGCAACGUGUGUGAUUUGUAGUUAAAGUAAUUAACAAAACAUAUUAAGUGCGCAAAAAAAACGAAAAAAGUUUUAAAAGUUCGAUACUAUUUGUUUAAACGGGGUAGUUUUCUUCGAAACCCCCAUCAGAAUCUGCAUACGCAAAUAUUGUGUAAUAUCCCCCAACGUGUAAAAGUCAAGACGCAAGAUGCCGGCCAAAGCAGCUAAGAAGGAGAAUUUGGAUGAUCUCAAACAGGAGUUGGAUAUUGACCAUCAUAAAAUCUCUCCUGAGGAAUUGUAUCAGCGCUUUCAGACACAUCCCGAAAAUGGUCUAAGUCAUGCCAAGGCUAAGGAGAAUUUGGAACGCGAUGGUCCAAAUGCUCUUACGCCACCUAAGCAGACCCCAGAAUGGGUGAAAUUCUGUAAGAAUCUGUUUGGUGGUUUCGCCAUGUUACUGUGGAUCGGUGCUAUUCUGUGCUUUGUGGCCUACUCUAUCCAGGCCAGUACCAGCGAAGAGCCAGCCGAUGAUAACUUGUAUCUGGGUAUUGUACUUUCCGCUGUCGUUAUUGUCACGGGUAUUUUCUCAUACUAUCAGGAAUCGAAAAGUUCAAAGAUCAUGGAAUCGUUCAAGAACAUGGUGCCCCAAUUCGCCACUGUUAUUCGUGAAGGCGAGAAACUCACGCUGCGCGCCGAGGAUCUCGUGUUGGGCGAUGUGGUUGAGGUUAAGUUCGGUGAUCGAAUUCCCGCUGAUAUUCGCAUCAUUGAGGCACGUACCUUCAAGGUCGAUAACUCCUCGCUGACCGGCGAGUCGGAGCCACAGUCGCGUGGUGCCGAAUUCACCCAUGAGAAUCCCCUGGAGACCAAGAACUUGGCCUUCUUCUCAACCAAUGCCGUGGAAGGCACUGCCAAGGGUGUCGUCAUCAGCUGUGGCGAUCACACCGUUAUGGGUCGUAUUGCUGGCCUUGCUUCCGGUCUGGAUACCGGUGAAACCCCCAUUGCCAAGGAAAUUCAUCAUUUCAUCCAUUUGAUCACCGGCGUCGCUGUGUUCCUGGGCGUUACCUUCUUCGUGAUUGCCUUCAUUUUGGGCUACCACUGGCUGGAUGCUGUUAUUUUCCUCAUCGGUAUUAUUGUGGCCAACGUGCCCGAAGGUCUGCUUGCCACUGUAACUGUGUGUCUGACGCUUACUGCCAAGCGUAUGGCAUCGAAGAAUUGUUUGGUAAAGAACUUGGAGGCUGUCGAGACCCUUGGCUCCACAUCAACCAUCUGCUCCGAUAAAACCGGUACUCUCACCCAAAACCGCAUGACGGUUGCCCAUAUGUGGUUCGAUAACCAAAUCAUUGAGGCCGACACCACUGAGGAUCAGUCGGGUGUUCAAUACGAUAGAACUAGCCCUGGAUUCAAGGCGCUCUCUCGCAUUGCCACUCUCUGUAAUCGUGCUGAGUUCAAAGGAGGUCAGGAUGGUGUGCCCGUCCUCAAGAAGGAGGUCAGCGGUGAUGCUUCUGAGGCUGCUCUGCUGAAGUGCAUGGAACUGGCCUUGGGUGAUGUGAUGAACAUUCGCAAGCGUAACAAGAAAAUUGCUGAAGUACCAUUCAAUUCGACCAACAAGUAUCAGGUGUCUAUUCACGAAACUGAGGAUUCUGGCGAUCCACGUUUCUUGCUUGUCAUGAAGGGUGCUCCCGAACGUAUUCUGGAACGUUGCUCCACCAUUUUCAUUAACGGCAAAGAGAAAGUACUGGACGAGGAGAUGAAGGAGGCUUUCAACAAUGCCUACAUGGAACUCGGAGGAUUGGGCGAGCGUGUGCUCGGUUUCUGCGAUUUUAUGCUGCCCUCCGAUAAAUAUCCUUCCGGCUUCAAGUUCAACACCGAUGAUAUUAACUUCCCCAUCGAUAAUUUGCGUUUCGUCGGUCUAAUGUCCAUGAUUGAUCCCCCUCGUGCCGCUGUCCCCGAUGCUGUGGCCAAGUGCCGUUCUGCCGGUAUCAAGGUCAUCAUGGUUACUGGUGAUCAUCCCAUCACUGCCAAAGCUAUUGCCAAAUCUGUCGGCAUUAUUUCGGAGGGCAACGAAACCGUUGAGGAUAUUGCUCAGCGUCUAAAUAUCCCCGUGUCUGAGGUCAACCCACGUGAGGCCAAGGCCGCUGUUGUCCACGGUGCUGAAUUGCGUGAUGUGUCGAGCGACCAGCUGGAUGAGAUUCUCCGCUAUCACACCGAAAUUGUGUUCGCCCGUACCUCGCCUCAGCAGAAGCUGAUCAUUGUCGAGGGUUGCCAGCGCAUGGGCGCCAUUGUGGCUGUCACUGGUGACGGUGUUAAUGAUUCGCCUGCUUUGAAGAAAGCUGAUAUUGGUGUUGCUAUGGGUAUUGCCGGUUCCGAUGUGUCGAAGCAGGCUGCUGACAUGAUCUUGCUGGAUGAUAACUUUGCCUCCAUUGUUACUGGUGUCGAGGAGGGUCGUCUCAUCUUCGAUAACUUGAAGAAAUCAAUUGCUUACACUCUGACCUCCAAUAUUCCCGAAAUCUCCCCCUUCUUGGCCUUCAUCCUGUGCGAUAUUCCAUUGCCAUUGGGUACCGUUACAAUUCUGUGCAUUGAUUUGGGCACUGACAUGGUGCCAGCCAUUUCAUUGGCCUACGAACAUGCUGAAGCCGAUAUUAUGAAGCGUCCGCCACGUGACCCAUUCAACGAUAAAUUAGUGAACUCAAGAUUGAUUUCCAUGGCCUAUGGACAAAUUGGUAUGAUUCAAGCAGCUGCCGGAUUCUUUGUAUACUUUGUCAUCAUGGCAGAGAAUGGUUUCUUGCCCAUGAAAUUGUUUGGCAUUCGUAAAAUGUGGGACUCAAAGGCUGUCAAUGAUCUAACUGAUUCCUAUGGACAGGAAUGGACCUAUCGUGACCGUAAAACCUUGGAGUAUACCUGCCAUACAGCUUUCUUCAUUUCGAUUGUGGUUGUGCAAUGGGCCGAUUUGAUCAUCUGUAAGACGCGUCGUAAUUCCAUCUUCCAGCAAGGCAUGCGCAAUUGGGCAUUGAACUUUGGUCUCGUUUUUGAAACCGUAUUGGCUGCCUUCCUUUCAUACUGCCCGGGCAUGGAGAAGGGUCUCCGCAUGUACCCAUUGAAACUCGUCUGGUGGUUCCCGGCCAUUCCAUUUGCGCUGGCUAUUUUCAUCUAUGAUGAGACUCGUCGUUUCUACUUGCGUCGCAACCCCGGAGGCUGGUUGGAGCAGGAGACCUACUAUUAAAUUCACAUUCUCCACACACAAACACACAUACACACACACGACAUAUACCGCAACAAAUAGUAAUGUUUAUGUACCACAAAAUUACACUUCCACACACACACACACACACACACAACCACCAACCACAGCGAAACGAACCACAACCACAGAAAUUGUAUUCGUGGUACUUCAAAAGCAACCGCAAACAGCAAAAGCAAUGUCAGCGAACAACAACAACAACAGCAACAACAACAACAGCUACAGCAAGAAAAGAAAAUUAUUACAAUAUAUUUUAUUUUUUUAAUUUAAUUAUUUAAAGUAACAAAACAACAACAACAACAACAAAAAUGCAAGCGAUAAUUAUUUUAAAAGUUUAAGUAAAUUUAAAUUAUAAAUUAAAGCUAAAAAUAAGAUUUAAAUAAAGUAAAGAAAACA